UUCUACUUCCCACCUGGCGCAGAUACCCGGAUGAAGCAUGUCUGCCCGCGGGGGCGGCGGGUUGCGGCUGCUCUGUCUCCAUGGAUACCGGCAGAGCGCGGAAAUCUUCCGCGCGCGAACCGGGUCCCUGCGCAAGGCCCUCCGCGGGCGCGCGCAGCUCCUGUACGUGGACGCGCCCCAUUCGGUGGACGCGCCUCUCCCGUCAGGGGAAGCUGCCUCAGGUGCUCUAGAAGCUGACUCAAAGGGCUGGUGGUUCUCCAACCCCCAGGAAGGGACAUUCAGUGCCCUGGAAGAAGCGUCUUCCUGCAAAGGGCUGGAGGAGUCCCUAGACAGCAUUGCCAAGGCCUUUGCGGAGCAGGGCCCCAUCGACGGCCUCCUGGGCUUCAGCCAGGGAGCAGCGUUGGUGGGAAUCAUUUGUGCCCUGAAGCAGCGCGGAGACCCCCGCUUUCCCUUUGACUUCGCCAUCGUGGUGUCUGGCUUCAAGAGCCAGGCCACCCCCCACCAGGGCUACUACCAGGAACCCAUCGCGGUGCCCAGCCUACACGUCCUGGGCGAGACGGAUCGGGUCAUCCCAGCUGAGAUGAGCAGGCAGCUUGCCUCCUGCUUUGUGGAGCCCGUCACCCUCAUUCACACAGGGGGCCACUUUGUCCCGGCCUCCGCAUCCCAAAAGAAAGCCUAUCUGGAAUUCUUGGAUCAGUUUGUAAAGUGACUGCAUUGGGGUCCAGUGCCCAGGCUGCUUUGGGGCUUGGCCAGAGUGGGACUUCCGGCGGAUGAAGGUUUAAGGGGCAGUUCUUGGCCUGCCUGGUCACUGCAACGUGAUGGCCAGAGAAUCCUAUUAGUUUUGCAACCACUGCCUUGAGGGAUGAGUAAACUGGGACCUGUCAGAUCUGAAAAUCUUGUCUGUACCUGUGUUGAAAAUUAUUUUAAAAUAACCCUUUAUUCUUCCCCUAUAGGCACAACUCUGGGGUUUUCAUGGCGGAGAGCUGCCCUUGAGGUUGGCAGUUAAAGCAUGCAGGACACCAGUGGGGUGGGCAAGAAUUGCUGAGGCCUCUUCAACUAAGCACUCUCCUGAGGGCAGCCCCCUGGGUCGACCUGCAGCUGCCCCUGUAAGUUAUAAGUUAUGGAUAUUAGGUUCCUCAGUUUGUUCCACACUCCCUCCUUGUUCCUGAAAUGGGCAAAGCAUUCAAUGUGGCCAUUCAAAACCAUCGGUGAUUGUGAGUUCUAGAAGCAGCGAUUUAAGCCACGUGGCAAUAAAUGGUGCAGUUUCGUUUUCUUCCACUCCCUCUUCAGAAAACCAAAAACAUAAAUUCUCCUCUUUUAAUUUUCUGC